ACCAGAGGCAUCUCUCUCUCUCUGCAUUUGGAUCGAUCAGUUAUCUCCGCCUGCAUUGAUCAAUUCUUGGGUUUUUUUUGUUUCUGAAACCAAUCUCUCGCGCUCUUUUUUUCCACAUUGAUCAAUUUUGUGCAGGAUUUCAAUUUGUCUUCUUGAUAUUAACCGCUAAUUCGCUUUCGCUCUCUCCCUCUCUGUCUCCCUGAUUCAAAAGAAGAAAAAAGUGUUCUGCUUGGGUUUUGUUGUUGUUUCUCUUUCCAUAUUUUCUGGGUCUUUGCGUUCCUCUGUUUCAGUUUCCGGAUUCUAGGGUUCUUUUUCUUCAUAUCUCCCUUUCUCUCUCUCUCUUAGAGCAUUGAUCACUCUCUUUCGGGGUUCUCUGUUACAGUGAAUCUUGAAUUCAAAGAUUUUGUUUGUUUCAAGAGGGAAAUGAGGGAUGUUUUCUUGGUUGGGGAGGACAUCGUCGUCGUAUUUGCGACCUUUGGGUCGAUAUGCCCGUAUGAGCAAGGAUGAUGAUACUGCAGAUGAUGGGCUUGUCUGGUGCAGAGACCUUGAGAAGCAUUCCUGUGGCGAAUUCUCAUUUGCCGUGGUCCAGGCCAAUGAGGUCCUUGAGGAUCAGAGUCAAGUCGAGACCGGCCAUGGUGGCACAUUUGUUGGGGUUUAUGAUGGCCAUGGUGGGCCUGAAGCCUCAAGAUUCAUCUGUGACAACCUCUUUCUUCAUCUAAUCCGACUUGCUCGAGAAAAUGGAACAAUAUCUGAAGACAUCCUUAGGGGUGCUUUUUCUGCAACUGAAGAUGGCUUUCUUUCUCUUGUGCGGAGGACAUGUGGAAUACAACCAUUAAUUGCAGCUACUGGUUCCUGUUGUUUGGUUGGAGUAAUCUGGAAAGGAACAUUAUAUGUUGCUAAUUUGGGUGAUUCUAGAGCUUUAGUAGGUUCUUUAGGUAGAUCUAAUAAAAUUGUUGCUGAGCAAUUGACUAGUGAUCAUAAUGCCAGUCUGGAGGAGGUUAGACAAGAACUUAAGUCCUUGCAUCCAGAUGAUUCGCAUAUUGUAGUUAUGAAGAAUGGCGCAUGGCGUAUCAAAGGCAUCAUUCAGGUAUCUAGAUCUAUAGGGGAUGCAUACUUGAAGAGGCCAGAGUUCUCUCUUGAUCCAUCGUUCCCACGAUUCCACCUUCCUGAACCUAUUCGUCGCCCAGUUCUAAGAGCUGACCCAUCUAUAUGUACGAGGGUCUUACAACCUAGUGACAAAUUUCUUAUAUUUGCAUCUGAUGGGCUUUGGGAACAUAUGACAAACCAAGAGGCAGUUGAGAUUGUCUUCAAUAACCCCAGAGCAGGCAUUGCAAGAAGACUUCUUAAAUCAGCUCUGAAUGAGGCAAGUAAGAAAAGGGGGAUGAGAUAUAAUGUUAUGAAGAAGCUUGGAAAGGGGGACAGGCGGUUCUUUCACGAUGAUAUUACAGUUGUUGUCGUCUUUCUAGACCAUGAAAUGCUGGAGGAGAAGAUUUCUGUCCCGGAAUUGUCUGUACGAGGGUUCAUUGACACUGUUGGACCUUCAAAUUUCAACGUUCUACAAGGGAUUGAUGCGACUGCAAAGUCCAUUAACUGAAGCAUAACCACUUACUUCAACUGGUCAGUCUGGUUCGAGAAGGCCAGGUAUUACGUUGAUGCAUACCUGUUGGAAUGUGCUGAGGGAUGC